AUGGACCAGCCUCAGCUGUAUCUUCCAGAGUCUUCUAAGGGUGCCUGUGGAAGAGUUGGUCAGUACCGAAGACUCCAGCAACACAGAAAGAAAAAUGGCCCGUUCAAAAGGAAGGGGAUUGAAAGGUGGCAUAGAGCUGUGUCCACCAACUUGGUAAAACAGAACGUAUUGGUCCCCAAAGAUGAAUCGUCUGCUGACAGUGACAAGGAAUUUCAUGAAAGCCAGCAAAACCAAAAAAAAAACGUGAUGAAGAAAGUGAAGACUGUUUUGGGAAGGAUGCUGUCCUACAAAUGGAGAAGCAAGGCGGCAAGUGUCAGCAGAGGGGCCUCCACUAACCAUAAGGAAACCUUCCUUUCCAACCCGCAGAGCCUUCUUCCUAGAAUUGUCAAGGAGCUUCCAGCCUCCAGGUUAUUUACCAAGCCAAGAAUGAGAAAGCUGUCACAGAAUGCGACUGUACAACUUGAUGUUGUAGAAGCAGAGACAGAGGCGAUAACCCAAGGAAAUACGCUGCUCCGGGCCAGGAGAACCACCAAGCGGUUAUCUGUGACAUCCCUUCCUUCAGGACUGCAAAAGGUUCCGUAUUCAUCAAAAAAGAGAUCACACUUUCCAGCACUUAAAAAAAAGAAGCGUGGCAUGGAAAACAUCCUCCGAAAAUCAGAUUUGACAGUAGGAAAACUUCAAAUGCAGGUGGAUGACCUCAUAGAAACAGUGACAGAUAAAUCCAUGAAGUUAUUGGCCCAAAGACAUGCUGAGCUUCAACAGUGUGAAUUUCUAGGGGACGAAAUUCUUCAGUCUUCGAAGCAGUUCCAGAGGAUAUCCAAGAGAACCAUGAGGAAGUAUAAAUUGAAAAAUAUAAGAAUUCUUAUUAAAAUUACAAAAACUAACAUUGUUUAA